CUACCAGGGCCCCACACCAAGACUUACUUGGUUAAAGCAUCAGGGCAAUGGUCCUCAGUGGGGAGCUAGUCCUGGGACUCUACACCUUGAUGAGCCUCCUGAGCCCCCACGAAGCUGGGGCCAUCAAGGCUGAUCACAUGGGCUCCUAUGGACCAGCCUUCUACCAAUCCUAUGAUGCCUCGGGUCAGUUUGCCUAUGAAUUUGAUGGGGAACAGCUGUUCUCUGUGGAGCUGAAGAAGAGGGAGGCUGUGUGGCGUUUGCCUGAGUUUGGCAACUUCGCCUACUUUGACCCACAGAACGGGCUGGCCAGCAUCGCAGUGAUUAAAGCCCAUCUGGAUGUCUUGGUGGAACGCUCCAACCGCACCAGAGCCACCAACGUGCCUCCAAGGGUGACUGUCCUCCCCAAGUUUCCAGUGGAGCUGGGCCAGCCCAACAUCCUCAUCUGCAUGGUGGACAACAUCUUCCCCCCUGUGAUCAAUAUCACCUGGCUGCGCAAUGGUCAAAUAGUCACCGAGGGGGUGGCCCAGACCAGCUUCUACUCCCAGCCUGACCAUCUGUUCCGCAAGUUCUACUACCUGACCUUUGUGCCUUCAGCAGAUGACAUGUAUGACUGCAAGGUGGAGCACUGGGGCCUGGACGAGCCGCUCUUCAGGCACUGGGAGCCACAGGUUCCUAACCUGCUCCCAGACACCACCGAGACUCUGGUCUGUGUCCUCGGCCUGGCCCUCGGCCUGGUGGGCUUUCUCGUGGGCACCAUUCUCAUCAUCAGAGGCGUAUGCUUGUCCAGUGCCCCCAGGUAAUGAACCUUCUGAGAAAAACAGAUUGUAGGAGACACCUGAUGGAUUCCUCGCAAGUUUCUGACAGCCCUUGUCAGUCUGCUAAGUAUAUCCCCACCGUGCUGACUUUGGAUGGGAUCAGCCUCUGUCCUACAGGUCUCCUCUCUUGGACCUGGUACUCACGGCAGGACUUCUGGGGCACUUGUGGGGCAGCAACAAGCACCCCUUCCCACCCCCAACACACACACACACACACACACACACACACACACACACACACACACUUCUUGCUCUACUCAAAUCUCUGGCUAGCAGCAGUAAAUUUAAUGGUGUUUGUACUACGUGCUUUCUACCAGGUCUAGGCCAAUUCUCUCAGGGUGUGAAGGAUGCUAGGACCUGGAAGAGGGGAUUCCAGGUGACGAACAUUUAGCAUGACCAUUUCAUACUGGGGAUUGGCAGCUAUCCUCAGGCCAGUCCAGCUAUAUCUUGUUCCAUUUGACUCAUCCUUUUGGGGUCCAUUGUGUGUUACUUGUGAAAGGCCCCCUUCACGAGGACUUCAUGAAAUUUACCUUCUGAAUUCAAAUUUGCCCUCAAAGGAGUUGCCAGGAGAGAAAACAUUCAUGAGAAUUCUACUCCUGUAUGGAUUUACUCUAUAAUGAAGAGGACAUUGGUAUUCAAGCAUGA